AUGGAAGGCAUUAGCGCCAGACAGAGUAAAGUGGAGGGAAAUUGUGAUGGCGAUGAAAAUUUUCAGAGAGUAUUAAAUGCCAGCAGGAGGAGAAGAAGAAAAUAAAUCCUACAUUCCUGACUUCCCACUUACAACAGUGGUCCCUAGUAUCAGCUCUUUUUUUCUUGUAUACUGUGUACAAAAUUUCUUCUAGAAAUCUUGUUCCAAUCAAAAUAUGACAAGACCUUUUUUGUUGCAUUUGAGCUUUAGUUGGUACUUUAGAAAGGUUGUUUUUUUAAAUUCUCAUAAAUAUUCGAGAUAAUGAGAGAAAACUGAUUCUUUAAUUCAAAAAAGAUUAAAAGAUCAAACAUAAGAUUAUGAUUGGCAAUCGUAUUUAUUUAUUUUGUAUUAUUAAACUUUAAACUUUUAGUCAUUUUAAACAAUGGUUGUCGUGAAAACUCAUAUUGUUGAAAAAGCAAUACUAUGACCGAGAUUGGCUCAAUGAUUAAUCGUUGCGGACGUAUAUAAAUUAAAUUUCCCUCUAUAUCCUACCAUCCCAACUUCUUACAACUUACCUACAACUGUAGUCCACCCGUGGUGCGAUUUAUGUCCGUUCGUUUUUUUUUUAAAUUGUAGUUUGAAUCAUUAACUGCAGCAAAAUUUCAGUAAGACGGAAAAUUAAUAUUGUUUCUUUACUUGUAUUAUUAUAACUUUAACUUACAUAUGUUAUAAGGUAAUAAAAUUGUUGUUUCGUUUAUUCUUUUAAAUUCUUAUUAGAAUAUAGAAUUUUUUUAAUCACUAUAAUGUAUAUAAUUGCAAUGUAGGUAAGAGUCAUAUUAGUCAUAUAAGUCAUAUUCACACGGAGCUACGUAAAAGAAACUAAUUUUUGAAACAAUUAGCUAACCAGUUCACAUUAAGUCACUAAUUAAGUAGAUCGUUGCUACAGGUUAUUAACCAGUUUAUAUCAUAUUGUUAUUUUUUUUGUAGUAAUAAUAUUUAUUACAAUAAUUAUUAUGUUUCAACUUUCUAAGUAAUUUGAUUGUCAGGUCACUUUCGAGUUGCCUCAGCAAGUAGCAGUUCAGUUUAUCACCACUGUAACCAGUAACCACCCACCAUUCACAUGAUAGAUAUAUCAUAUGACAAGAGAAACCAAUUGCAUUAAUUGUUUGUCAUAUUAGACAUAUUAUAAAAACAUAAUAACUCGGCAUUUGAAAGAUUGCGUUCUUAGAGUACAAUGAAUAAUGUUGUUUGAUUUAUUUGGUUAAAAUGUUUUUUGGUCUACAAAAAGAAUUUGAAAAUUGUAUUCAAAGUUUUUCACAAGGGGUUCUUACAAAUAAAAGAAAUUAGUAUAACAUUAAAUUUUUUUCCUAAUUGGAACCUUUUUUUAAAAUGUUGACAAAAUGUGUAUAAUUUUUUUUAGUUAAAAAUGAAAACAAUUUUGAAUUUAAAUAUAGCAACAAAUUUAAAUGAGUUCAUAAUAAAAUACUAUUUUGUACUAGGACUGAAUAAGAAACAAACAUUUAAAAUCUGUAGGUAUUAUUGAUUGAGGAAUAAGUAUAUUAAAUAUUUUUUUUUAAAGUUAUUACAGUAUUGGCCUUAUUGUUACAAAAAAAUACCUAUAGAGGGGGUUUGAGGGUUUGAUUGUUAUGGUUACAGUUUUAUUUAUCUAACAAACAUUAUUUUGAGUUGGUAUCUAAUGUUCAAUAAGAAUUUCAUUUUAUACAUUAUUUUGAGUUGGUAUCUAAUGUUCAAUAAGAAUUUCAUUUUAUACAUUAUUUUAAUUUAGUAAUUAUUUAUUUUAUUGAAAUGAUUUGUGGUAGUGCACCUUUAAAACCCGUUCGUCCAAAACAAUUAUGUGUUAGUCAAACUACAGGAUAUAAUUGACCUCAUGUACAUACUUUUAGCUUAGUGAGUAUAAAACAACUUUAUUUUAUCAUGCCAAUAUUAAUUUUAUUAUGAGCAGUGACGAAUCUCCUAUAAUUUUGAUUUGAGUGGGGAGGCAAAUUCUUUAAAAAAUAGUUAUCUAUCUACAUACUUAUCCUAUUAUCAUAUGUUUAAGUGUAUCACAUACCUAGGUAUUGAUCAAAACUGAUAUCAUCAAGACCUACAUAAAAUAUACAUAUUUUUUAAUUUCGUCAAUUAUAAAACUCAUGUCAAAACUUUUAAAAGUAUAAACAGUAUAACCUACACUCUAGGCCAUUAGGUGCGUCUGGUCCCUCUGCCACUACUUCAAUCCCUCACUGAUUUUUAAAGUUUAUAGUCGAAUUUGACUUUUCCGGUAGCCCAGUCGACUUUAAAUUUAACAUGUACUCGUACCUAGUUUGGUUGGUAAUACUUAGAAUAAUCAAUUUGUUCAAUGUUUAUUUUAGGGAAGUGACCAGGGUGGGUAGACUCACGCAGAAAAAUGUAUACCAUACCCUGAAAAUGUAUGACUUGACUAUGUAAACUACAUGUGAUGUGAUACCUAUGUGAAAUGAGUUGUGGGUAAAUUAUGAUCCAUUUUGUUAUUAAUAAAAUAAAAAAAAAUAUUUAAUUGUCUAAAAUUCUAAAUAACUGUGUUUUAAUGAGCUACAAAAAAAAAAGUUAUUAUUGAGCGUAUUUUCGUGAUUUUUUCCCCCAAGUGUAAAAAUUCCUAGAUCCGGCUUUCUCUUUGGUAUACCCCCUCAAAAAUGUAUGUUUACUCAUGUAUUUUAUGUAAAAAUAUUCAAUUGCAGAAUUUCACAUAUUUUCAUUGGCAUCCCUGUGAUCAUAGUAUUUGGUGGCAUAUACGAGUAAGCAUAAUACAUAUUGCUAGAGAUCAAUAGUAAAUAGUGAGUCCUGAUUGGUUGUAUUUCAAUUGAUAACAUGCCAACAGUUGUAUGAUGAUGAUGAUGGCUUAAAAUGAUAAAAUAAAAUACAACUGUAAUUAUAAGAACGAUUGCACAGAAGCCACAGAAAUACAGUCAAAACAGAAAAGCCAAUAAAAAUAUAUACAUUUAUUAUACUUAAUAUAGUUUAGAAAAAUAUUAAAUUAACAUAGCUGGACACCAGGUACAUUCUCUUGAGAAAAGGAGAUGGUGUUAAGAUAAUGAGAUUAAAGUACAGCCAACAGCAAUUUAUUGUAAGAAGACCAGUAGGUGUAACAAAAGGGUAGUAAAUGCUUAUUACCUGGGAGACCUCUUCUCGGAGAAAAUAAUAAAACAUUUUUUUCAACUGUAAGUGUAAUAAAUACUUGCUAUUUUGGCUUUUAUAUUUUGACUGUAUUUCAGUCUACUAUGAAAAUGUUUUCAUAAUUACAGUUGCAUUUUAUUUUAUGAUUUUAUGCCAUUAUCAUCACCAUACAAUUGUAGGUAUGUUAUCAAUUUAAAUAUAACCAAUCGGGGCUCACUAUUUACUAUGGGCUUCUACUCUGUAGUAAUGUGUACCUAAUAUGCUAAUAUGUCACCCGGUCUGUGGUCACUUCUUGCACCUCCCCUCCCAAUAAAAAAAGUAAAGCUAAUGCGUACAUUCUUCGGUUCAUUUAAAAUCUAAAAAUUCGUAUUGUAUAGCAUAAUCUCUAGCUUUUGAGUCUGGGAAAAAACAAUAAAAAAAUAGGAAAAUUGACAAUCUAAUGACAGAUUCAUUAUGAUGGCAUAUGGACAUAAGUUACCUAUAUGAAACUUUUUUUAAUGUAUUAAUAUAUUUUUCCCAAGAUCCGAAAGCCAGAGAUUAACUAAAUUUAAAUUUUGGUUGGGUAGCAAUAAUAAUUAACAGUUAUUCUGUACAAAUAAAUACAGUCAUUUCCAAUCAAAGCGGUCUUAACGUUUUUUGAUUAAUUAAGUGGUGCGUUCACAUUUAUGAACAAAUAAAAAAUAGUUGUCCGUCUGUCUGAUUAUCCCGUCACCAAUUUGAGCACCACCGACAUUAACAAUAAUGGCAUAAUAUUUUACCUAUGUAAUUUCGAUAUUUUCCCGGGAAUACAAGAUAAUAUUUUUAUUUUUCAAAAUUUUUUUUUUAGUUCCCAUAUGUUUAAAAUUAUUUUUAGAUUCCGAGCGUAGCGAGGGAGCUAUUGUUUUACUAAGAUGUUUAUUUUUUUUUCUCUCUUUCUUUUAGUCUGUGGACAUGUUUUUUUCUAGUUAACUUGCUCCGGUAAAUAAGUGUAGCACCUUUUCUGAAAGCUCAAGUUAUCUAAUUGGUACUUUGUAGAGGUUAUUUUUUGAAUAAAAGUACUUGAGUGGGAAAAAACGUAGAAAAACAUAUAAUUUCACAAUUUCAUCAUUUUAUAAAAACAUGGACUACGAUUUCUACCAGGAAAAAUAAUUUAAUCGAAAAAUAACAAGAUACAUUUUUUGUUGGCUUUUUGAUUUACUUUCAUACGGUAUUAUUGCUAAAACUUUUGAGCCACUUUUGAGCAUUUAAAAAAUUUUAAUUCUUGGAAGUUUUUUUUUGUAACUAGGUUAUAAAUACACGUAGGGACUUGAAACUUGCUAAAAAUACUUAUAUUGGACUUACGUGGUAAAACUUUCAAAAUCAUCGGAUUCCUUUUUUUAAUUUUUUUACAAUGGUACUUUUUUUUUUAUACUGUAGACCACCUUUUUUUCAGAAAACUUGCUCCGAUGUAUAAGUGUAGCACUUUUUCUUAAAGUUUCAAUUUUAUCUACUUGGUAAAUAUAUAGGUCAUUUUUUGAUUUUUGAAACGGUAUUUAAAAUAAAAACGAUUAACCGGGGGAAAAAAUACGAUUUUUUCACGAUUUCAUUAUUUUAAUUAAGUACCUACCACGUUUUCUAACACAAAUAUGGCUCCAAUUGAAAAACGACAAGAGAAAUUUUUGUUUGAAUUAUUAAUCUUGAUUUUAAUGAUGUAGGUCGUUGUUUGAUUUUCGAAUUAGUUUUCAUAAUAAUCAGGAAGAAACGUAGAAAUGUGAGGUUAGAAAAAAUUACGGCACUUUAAAUUAUGUAUUACCGAACUGCGUUCGGAAUUGUCUUUCGUCAGCAAAGGUAUAUUGUUGCAUGCUGAUAUAAAUGAAACAACAGUGAUUAUCAUACGAAGUAUGUCCGUCUUUAUUUUAUAAGAUUUAAAAUUAAAUUUUGAUGAAAAUGGUUAAUAUUAUGGCUUUUCAAAACAUAAAUAACUGAAAUUCGCUCCGAAUCGUUUUUCGUUAGCAAUGGUUUAUCGUUGUUUACAGGUAUAAACUAAUCAACUUUCUGUAUCCUACAUUCUUAACUUUUCACCUACAACAGUGGCCGCACCCGUCCCCAGUAUCAUUAUUUAUUAAUUCCAAUGAAAUUUGUAUGUAUUUACUAGUUAGUUAAACAGCCCGAAAGUAUUUACGAAAUUCGACUUCGUGAUAUGGAACGGGUGCAUAUAAGAAAACAGAGAAUGAAAGAUGAGGAUGAUUUGAAAACUUCACGUAGACAAGCUCAGCACAUUGAAAUGAUUGUGGGGGCAGAUAGAAAAUUUGUAUACAAUCAAAUUAAAAGAAUGGUGGAGAUUGAAAUGAAAGCGAACGAACAUUUAUUUCUAGAAGACCGUCCAAAGUAAGCAAGACUAUAUUUUUUAUUUUUAUUGUUUAAUUAUUUCUUACGCAGUAAUAUUUAUAAUUUAGGCCAGAAUUAAAAGUAGAAAAGGAAAUCGAGCAACCUAAAAUUACUAAAGAAGAAUUACUAGAAAAAUUAGCAGAAAUUAAAAAGAAAAAAGAUGAAGAGGAACGUAAAUUAGUGGAAGAAAAACGCUUACAAUUGUUCAUGUUCGUGUAUAAAAAUCCAAAUUAAUAAGACCAGUGGCUAUUUUUGAGAACACUACUUUGCGCACAAUAAAAAUUAAAGUGUGCAUUCGGCAUAUUAUAAUUAUUAUUCUUAUUGACAAAAUUCAAGGUCCCGUAAAUGUAAAAACAUUAUCUAUAUCGAAAAGUAUUUACUUUUUCAAAAUUUUUUUUUUACCAACUCAUGAAACAAAAUGUUAUUAAAUAUUACAUGAUCAUUAUUUUGAAAUCACUACCAACAUUUGACUCUUAAAUAGCAAUCUACAUUAAUAAUUCCACACAUAGAUGACGUUUUACUUAAAUUAAAUUUUGGUGUUGACAUUUUUAAUUUCUGUCAACGCCGAAACUCGAACUCAAGUGUAUGACAUAUAAGUGCACUACGGGAAAAAAGAAAAUUUAGCCAUUGAAUUUAUUAAACUAAUGUUAGAUUUUAUUGUUUUUUUUUUUCUAUUAGAGAAAAUUCUGAAGAGUUAAGGAUCGCUACAAUGGAUAAAAGAAGACGUGAAAUAGGUCUUUUGAAUUAUAAAAUAAUUCAAGAAAAAGAAAGAUUCAUUAAAAAACAAAAAACCGAAAAUAGAGAACUGUCAAAUCUGCAAAAUUCAGAAAUUUUCAAAAAUCAAGUAAAUAUUAUUACCAGUUUAUAAAAUUUAGAGUGCCAAUUUUUUGUUUUUCAUGUAACUUCAAAAGAAGUGAUACCACAUGUAGAGUAUUUUUAUUACUAACACACGAUUUAGACAAUUUACAAUCAGCAGUACCAAUUUUGUAUUGUUAGUUGUAAUAUCAAAGUAAAUUAAAAACUUUAUGAGUGUUUUUGUAAGUAGGUUUUUUCUUUAUAUACUGUAUUAGAUCAUUAUAAGUGAGAUAUAAACAUGUUAUUGUUAUUAUAAUUAAUGUUAUAUAAAUAUCACAGUUUAAAAAUUCUUAUAUCUUGUCUAAAAAUUAAAAUAUAGAAAAAUCUGAAGUACAAAUACAGAUAAUGUUCUUACUUUAAGUUUGAUAAUAGCUCAAUUUACUAUUGUAUUCAAAUUAACAGUUUAAAGUUGUCCUCGCUGAACGCAAAUUUGCUCUGUCAUGUGUAAGACGGAGAUAGCAUAGUGAUUUUUUUUAUCAUGACUAGUAAUUUUCUCGGAGGAUUUUAAAUGAAUUACUACAUUGUUGUUUUUUAAUCAUCGUAGAACUGUUAAAGCUUUAUUUUCAAACCAUUUUUAAUUUUCUACUCUUAUUUCAUGCACCUACCUUAAUUAAGUACCUAUAUACUUUUGUUUUUCAAAUAGCACCUCCCCGCCCAAUUACAUUAAUAUUAGAUUUACCGGUUAUGAUUAAUAACCAUUUAAAGUUUAGACCUAAGGAAUAGGGAAUAGUUAUCAAUUUAUUAUUUAAAAAUAGAUACCUACGCAAUUUAUUACAAUGGUUAAAAAAAAACAAAAAUUAAAUUAACUUAAAAUCAUUCGAGAAAAUUGCUGGUUUAUGAUAAAAAAUUACCCUGUAUGCUAUUGGUUUCUAAACAUUUGAACUUUCUUAAGUUGGUUAGUCUACGGUUUUAGUUUUUGGUUGGUUUAAUACAAUUUUUAUAUCUAAGAACAUGAUUUAUUUAGGCUCUGGAAAGAGAAGAAGAAAAACGAAAAAAUUGUGAAAAGAAACAACGGUAUCAACAGGAAUUAUACGAACAAUUACAAGAAAAAGAAGCUAUCCGAAAACAUGAAAAAGAAUUAAAAAUUAUCGAAUGUAAUGAGUAUAAAAAAUUGAACGAAACGUUGAAAGAAGAGGAUGCACUUGGUGAGUAUAAACUUUGUAAGCGUACAUAAAUAUAUAAGUAGGUAUCAUUGAUAGAAAAUAAUAACUAUACAUUAUACUUAUAAUACCAAUUUAUAUCUUUAGGUUUUUCUGUUUUUAGUAUUAAUAUACAUCGAUAUUAAUUAAGUACCUAGGUAAAUAAAUAGGAUUUGUUUUUGCACAUUAAUUCGUGUAUAUAGUAUACUCAAUUUGUAAUUUGCAAAAACGUAUUUAAUUUUAGAAAAAUUGGACCGUAUAAAAAAGCAAGUACAGAAAAGAGAAGAAAUCAAACAAUUUACUGAAGAAAGAUCAAAAUGGUUUUCAGAAUCACACAAGGCCUUAAAAUCGUUUGGUGAAACAAAGGAAAUUAUAAUACAAAAUUUAAAAGACAAUAUGGAAGAUAAAUUCUCAGCUAAGGUUGAAAUAAUGAUUUGGGUUGCCUUUAUUCGAAUAAAAAUACAUUAUUAAAUAUUGUAGAUCCAGUUGACGCAUGAAAACGAAAAGUUCAAGAAACAUCAAGCGAUCAUCAAAGAAGAACGGAGAAAGCUAAGCGAAGCCAUAACAAAUAAAGUAAUGCAACAAAUAAGGGAAAUUGAAGAGCUCAAACAAUCUAUUGAACGUCAAAAUGCUGAAGUGCGACGAAAACGUACAGAGGUGAGAAUGAUUAGUUCAAUGCUAUACAAUUCGUAGGGUUUCCGUUUAUGUUAAUGUUACAUUUUAUAAUAUUAUUUUUAUAGGCUGGAAAUAAGGCUUUAAUAGAGCAAAUUAAAUCGCAUGCAAUAAUGCUCGAGGAACAAAAAGUCAUGAAGUAUAAAAUAUUUGAAGAAGCUCAGAAAGAAUAUGAAGAGUAUUUAAAAGAGGAAAAAUUACUACGUGAGAAUAAAAACCGAACUAAACAGCAGGUUAGAACAGAACUAAACGAACAGAUGAAGUAUAAUAAAUAUAUAAUCGUAAGUGUAACAAUAUUUUAAUUAUUAUUAUUUCAAUUAAUUUUUAUUACAUUUCUAAUUUUGUUUUUAUUUUUAAAAAUCGACCCAUCUACAAUUUACACGUUAUAAUUAUUAUUCUAUGUAGGAAAAUCAACGAAAAAUUGAAAUGGAAGAUCAUCAAACUUGCAUGAAGGAAAUUGACAAACAUGAUAAAUUAUUAAAAAAACUUUUAAAUGAACUCUGGACAGUCUGA